AUAAUUAACCAUGUCAGGAAGAGGCAAAACCGGCGGAAAGGCCCGCGCCAAGGCAAAGACCCGCUCUUCUCGUGCUGGACUCCAGUUCCCGGUCGGUCGUGUUCACAGACUGCUGCGCAAAGGCAACUACGCUCAUCGUGUGGGUGCCGGCGCCCCCGUCUACUUGGCCGCUGUGCUCGAGUACCUGACCGCUGAGAUCCUGGAGCUGGCUGGAAACGCCGCCCGCGACAACAAGAAGACCCGUAUCAUCCCCCGCCACCUGCAGCUGGCCGUCCGCAACGACGAGGAGCUCAAUAAACUCCUGGGCGGAGUGACCAUCGCUCAGGGCGGCGUGCUGCCCAACAUCCAGGCUGUUCUUCUGCCCAAGAAGACCGAGAAGGCCGCUAAGUCCAAGUAAACAACAGCAACUCCACAAACAAACAAAAGGCUCUUUUAAGAGCCACACACUCACUCUGAGAAACUGCUCAUCCUCUUUAAAAUAUAGCUCAACUGUCCGUGUUUCUUAAAUUCUGAGAUUUAACAUAAUACGUAAACUAAAUGAUCAAUAAUCAAAACACGGCACAUAAAACUUGUAUUUUGUACUUUUUAUUUUGUAAUUAGUUUCGGAAUUGUCGGAGUUCAAAUGAAGUAUAACGUAAAAUAUUCUGUCCAGAAUACACAUGAGGAAUAACAGCCAAAUGUAUGAACUUUUUACUUUUUGUAGAGUUUUUCUGUAUAUUUUGACCUCUUCAUAAUUAUAUACAUGGAUACCUU